AACUUGAUGCUACUCGGCUAAAUGCUUUCGGAUCAACUCUUCUACUACACAAGUGGUUUUGUUGCGUUUAUAACAAUUGUCAGCAGAAGUAAAGUAAGUCGCCAUCUUCUGUUUUCGGUCUCCGCUUCGUUCUCGUAGAAGUUAGUUGGCUAAAGCGUUCGAAUGGAAAUGUCAACAAGCCAGAGUUUAAGACAGUUUCUCAACGAGAGGUUACACACUGCUGCUGAAGACAUAUUUGGAUGUUUUGAAGCGACUGUCGCAAAGUACGAGGAUGAGAUCGCUCGUCAGCGCAGACUGCUGGAUGUAACUUUGAAACCUGUAGUAAAGCUGCAGAGAAUAGAGCUCCCACAGCGACAUCUCCCAGAGCAACAUUUUCUUAUUGAGAAUGAGUUUCCAUCUGACCAGCAGCUCUGGAACCUUGAGAGGAACCCCAGUCUGGACCAAGAGGAGCCAGAACCUCCACAGAUUAAAGAGGAGGAGGAACACUGCAUUGGUCUGGAAGUAGAGCAGCUUGAACUGAAGCAGGAGGAUCAAGAUAACGUUUUGUUUAAUCCUACUUUCAUGGAAAGUGACCACAGUGAACCAGAACCAAGUGACCACCAGCUCCUCUUCCACAGCUCAGCUCAGAGCCAAGAUCUCAACGAAUACAAGCAUGGAAACUCAAAAUCAGUUAAAAAUGCAGAACAGGCAUCAGAAAAGGGACAUCAUGUCAUCACAAGAGCAAAAGAAAGCACAAGUCCCAGUAACCUUGCAUGUAGCACUACCAUGUCAAAGAUUGUGCCAAAUAUCUGCAAGAGUAAAAAGGUUUUCCUGUGUGACACUUGUGGAAAAGUCUUUAAGUGGAAGUCAGGAUUAAAUGGACAUCUGAAGGUGCACACAGAUCAGAAACAGCAUUCUUGCGAAGUGUGUGAUAAAAGUUUCACAACUCGCACAAAUUUGACGAGACACGAGAGAACGCACACGGGCAAGAGACCUUUUACUUGUAAAACUUGUGGGAGAAGUUUUAGCCAGAGAGUUUCUCUGCAGGUCCACGAGAGAACACACACAGGUGAGAAACCAUAUCUUUGCAGAACCUGUGGAAAAAGAUUUGGUUACAAGUCAGUACUAAAAUCACAUAUGAGAGUCCACACAGGGGAGAAACUGCAUUCUUGCAAAUUGUGUGAAAAAAGUUUCACAACUAGCACAAAGUUGAAGCUCCACGAGAGAACGCACACAGGCGAGAAACCUUUUACUUGUAAAACAUGUGGGAGAAGUUUUAUUCAGAGGAUUACCCUUCAGGUCCACGAGAGAACGCACACAGGCGAGAAACCUUUUACUUGCAAAACUUGUGGGAGAAGUUUUAGCGAGAGAAAUAUCCUGAAGAGUCACGAGAGAACGCACACGGGCGAGAAACCUUUUACUUGCAAAACUUGUGGGAGAAGUUUUAGCCAGAGAAGUACCCUGCAGGUCCACGAGAGAACACACACAGGCGAGAAACCUUUUAUUUGCAAAACUUGUGGAAGAAGUUUUAGCGAGAGAAAUAUCCUGAAGAGUCACGAGAGAAUGCACACGGGCGAGAAACCUUUUACUUGCAAAACUUGUGGGAGAUGUUUUAGCGAGAGAAAUACCCUGAAGAAACAUGAGAGAACACACACGGGCGAGAAACCUUUUACUUGCAAAACUUGUGGGAGAAGUUUUAGCCGGAGAAAUACCCUGAAGAUUCACGAGAGAACACACACGGGCGAGAAACCUUUUUCUUGCAAAACUUGUGGAAGAAGUUUUAGCGAGAGAAAUAACCUGAAGAGACACGAGAGAACGCACACGGGGGAGAAACCUUUUAUUUGCAAAACUUGUGGAAGAAGUUUUAGCGAGAGAAAUCACCUGAAGAGUCACGAGAGAACGCACACUGGCGAGAAACCUUUUACUUGCAAAACUUGUGAGAAAAGUUUUAAAUGGGGAAGUAGCUUGAAAUUCCACAUGAGAAGCCAUACAGGUGAGGAGUUGUAUCCAUGUACAACUUGUGGGGAAAGAUUUGUUAUCAAAACCCUUCUAACAAAACAUUUGAGUACCCACACAUAGUGAAACAGAUAUUUUUUUUAAAUUUAGGGAAGAUCUCUGACUUGCCAGUUUAUAAAAAGUCCACAGGAUAAAUCAUCAAGUUGAGAAGCCACACCAUGGCAACACGAGAGGGAUAAGAUUUGCUUAAGCGUUGUCAAAGAAGUUGUUACUCAGUUAAUGAUUCAUUAAUUAGUGAUACAACAGUUGGCGAAAACAACACUGGAAAUGUUUCCAGAGGACCAAAAAAGUGAUGAACCUUGUUGUAGUUCAUUGCUUUAUGAAGUUCCAUCACCACUGAUGAGUAGCAGACUUCAAUAACUUCACAAAGCAUUGAACUACAGCCAGGUUCAUCACUUACAUCUACACAAGAGAGAUUGUGUACAUUUGCAUUAGCUGCAUCUCUGAAACUGAAUGUGGGAAAUAUCCCAUUGAGGAGACAUCACAAUAUCUUUGAUGGUCAACCACAUUUGCUGAAGUACCCACGUUUCUGUUCUUCAUGUGACUGUCAUUGAUAUCUACAUCUGCAAAGGAAGUGAUGUUUUCAACCAUGUCUCUUUUUUUUUCAUUUGUCAGCAAUUUAUACCAAAUGGUGCAGGAAGGGGACGGGGGUGAGAGCAAUGUAUUGGGUUAAAGUGACAGAUCCAGGAUAUGUUAUUAUCACUGAAUGUUGAGAGAUGUUGUUAAUGUGUCAGGAAAGACUGGAUCAAAAUGUAAAAAUCUGACAUUUGCUGUACAGAGAUUUAUAAUAACACAGUAUGUGGUGCAGAUUAUCAGAUGACUUCCCUUUUUCUUUACUCUUUCUAUUACAAUGAAGAAAAUAUGUUGUUCAUGUGUACACAGUCCUUAAUGACUGUCACUGUAAAUGGUUAUUCUUGUGUACUACGUGUAUUCAAUACUUCAGUGCAUUUGCAGUUCAUCAAAGUUUCUUGAAUUAUGAUGAUGUAUUUUGUGUCUGUCACACGUUAAAUCUGUGUUAGUCUGUGUGGAGAAAAAUUCCCCUGACUAGGUGUCUCACUGCUAUGACCUUGAUAAACAGGAUGUAACCCUUAUUUGGUGAUGGUUUUCUUCCAACUGGUACCGCUGACGGACGGACACAGCAGAUAACACACAGAGGAGGAUCUCAUGUCUUCUUCUUUCUAAUAUCAUGUCUUAUGAAACUCCUCUUUGUAUAAGUUCUGGCUUUUGUGAACUUGCGGCCAGUUGUUCCAUUAUGAGUACACCUGCUUGUUGUAUAAACCCUGCAGAGCUUAUUAUUAUAAAGACU